GUUGAUGGUAGUUGUUAUGGUGAGGAUGGUGAGGUUGGUGAUAGUUGUGUUGAUGAGGAUGGUGAGGUUGGUGGAGUUGGAGGUAGUUGUUUUGGUGAAGAUGGUGAGGUUGGUGAUAGUUGUUUUGGUGAGGAUGGUGGGGUUAGUGAUGGUGAAGUUGUUGGGGUUGGUGGCGUUGAUGUAGUGGUGGUAGUGGUAGUGGUAGUAAAAGAUCUUUGGAGACGAAUAGCUGAUGCGUGA